AUGCAACAAAUCUCAUCACAAAACAAUAAUAACAGCAGCAGAAGCUCACCGGUAGGCAAUCUACAGUAAUCUCUGGGCGCCUACAGUACUCCUUUUGCAGAAAAAAUCGUCAAAAGAUUCAUCGUCUGGUUGGGAAUAUUGGACGCGAAUCUAUUCGGAUGAUCAAAAUAGCAUCAAUAGUUCAAACAACAAUAAUAUGAGCAAUUCGAGUAAUAUGAGCAAUGCUAAUUCGAAUAGCAAUGGAAAUUCGAAUAGUUCUAGUCAAGGAAGAGGGCAGGUAAGCAGACACAAAAUGCUCUGUUUCUCUGCGUCUCUCAUGAAAAACUAUGGCGAGAGAUAAAUAAGCAGUCCCAAAGUGAAAAUACUCUUUGGGACUGCUUAACUAUCUCUCGCUGUAGAUUUUGAUGAGAGACGCAGAGAAAUUUGUGUCUGCUUAAAAAUAAGCAGUCCCAAAGUGAAAAUACUCUUUGGGACUGCUUAUUUAUCUCUCGCUGUAGAUUUUGUGAGAGACGCAGAGAAGCAGAGACAUUUGUGUCUGCUUAAAAAUAAGCAGUCCCAAAGUGAAAAUACUCUUUGGGACUGCUUAUUUAUCUCUCGCUAUAGAUUUUUAUGAGAGACGCAGAGAAGCAGAGAUAUUUUUUUGCAGGCCGUUCGAGACAUGCGAAUUUCGGAUAUGUUGGCAUCGGAAUGUCUCGUUAGAGCGAAAUUGCUAUUUUUGAAUGUUCCCGGCCUACCAACCGGCUACAAAAACAUCAUUUUGCAUCUGGUGAAACGAGAGCUGCGCGAGAAAAUUCCCAUUCAAGAUGUGAUUGUGCAACCGGGAAAAUGGUGAGCCCAGACUUAAGCUACAUAGAUAUGUUAGCCUAACUUUUUCCAGGUAUCUUCAUUUCUACCGUCCUGAAGAUGCUCUUCGAGUUUUGAAGGUUUUUAAUGGAUUCACCUAUCGAUCGCACACUUUGGUUGUUCGAUUUUGUUAUCCUGAUGGAACGGUAGGGACUAGAAUUGUUGUUUUUGGAUUUCUAGGCCACCCUUUUUUCAGUUUGGCGAUGAAGCUGCCUUGACAGACUUGGUUGCCUGCACCCAACAAACAAAAUCGCAAUUGAUGCCAGUCUCCGAAUCGCCAGCCAAUCAAGAUGUAAGCCUAAGCUCCACGCCCACUUUCCAGCUACCUUAAAAAAUCAAUAAUUUUCUCUAGUCUAUGGCUGUUUGGUCUCCUGUCGAACAAGAAGCUGUUCGAGCAUUUGAGCGAGAAUUGGUGCACAUUUUGCAGAAUCAGACAUUUUUGCCGUAUUAUCAGGCGAUUUCGACGAUUCGAAACACGUUUUCCACACAAAAGUGCGGUUUUUUUGGCAUGGGAAUUGGGAAAAUGGGUUUUUUGAGGUUUUAAAACCAAAAAUCUAAAAAAUUGGGAUAUUUUGCUAUUCGACUUGAUAAGCAGACACAAAUGUCUCUGCUUCUCUGCGUCUCUCACAAAAUCUACAGCGAGAGAUAGUUAAGCAGUCCCAAAGAGUAUUUUCAUUUUGGGACUGCUUAACUAUCUCUCGCUAUAGAUUUAAUGAGAGACGCAGAGAAGCAGAGAUUUUUGUGUCUGCUUAAAAAUAAGCAGUCCCAAAGAGUAUUUUCAUUAUGGGACUGCUUAUUUAUCUCUCGCUGUAGAUUUUGUGAGAGACGCAGAGAACCAGAGGCAUUUUGGGACUGCUUAAAAAUAAGCAGUCCCAAAGUGAAAAUACUCUUUGGGACUGCUUAACUAUCUCUCGCUGUAGAUUUUGUGAGAGACGCAGAGAUUUUUGUGUCAUAAAAAAGUUCUAGACUGAAAUUUUGUGCUGAAAACGAUGAAGCUAGUGAAAAUUAAUGAAAUUUUUUUUGCAGCCUCAAUUAUUAUUUCAUCUCGGACGCUCUCGGUCAAUGGUCAACCGGUUUUAUUCGAAUUUUUCAUCGGACCAUCAAAGUUGUGGCCAAUACAAUUUGCCUUGCUUCAAAUGGCUAUUAUGCUCAAAGAAUGCGCGAAGUUGCCACGUCACGCGGUGCUCCAAGUUCGACAAAUUCUCUGUGCCGAAAUAGUUUGGCUGAUCCGACGGCUGCGGCUGCAAUUUCAGCCACAACACCUGGUGGUUUGGUUGUUCAGCGAGAUUCUUGGGAACCGUAUGUUCCGGAUGAUAUUCGAAGCGAGAUUCAGCUCAAACAAUAUGCUCAUGCGUUUUUGUGCCAUUUUGGACCGCAACAUGUUUAUGUGAGUUGAAAUUGUGGCCUAGAAAACUUAAGCAGUCCCAAAAUGCUCUGCUUCUCUGCGUCUCUCAUGAAAAACUAUGGCGAGAGAUAAAUAAGCAGUCCCAAAGUGAAAAUACUCUUUGGGACUGCUUAACUAUUUCUCGCUGUACAUUUCAUGAGAGACGCAGAGACGCAUAGAAUUUUGUGUCUGCUUAAAAAUAAGCAGUCCCAAAGUGAAAAUACUCUUUGGGACUGCUUAACUAUCUCUCGCUGUAGAUUUUGAUGAGAGACGCAGAGAAAGAGAGCAUUUUGUGAAUUUCUCAAAUGCAAUUAUGCUAUCUAAAUGGAUUUUCAGUCAAAUUUUCAGAUUUUUGGCUGAAAAUCCAAUUAGCUAGCAUGAUUGCAUCAUUUUUCAGGGUGAUUAUUGAUUUUAAGGCGGAAAUUUUGCUGAAAAUUGUGAAUUCCAGCUCUAGAAGCUAUAUUUGGCUGAAAAUCCCAAUUUCUAGUCAAAUUUUCAGAUGAUUACCUUCAAAAUUAUGGAAUUAUCGAUUUUAAGGCGGAAUUUUGCUGAAAAUUGUGAAUUCCAGCUCUAGAAGCUAUAUUUUGGCUUAAAACCGACAUUUUUCACCGAAAAAUGAUGCAAUUAUGCUAUCUAGCUCGAUUUUCAGCUAGAAAUCUGAAAUUUUGACUGAAAAUUCAAUAAUUGCAUCAUUUUGAAGGUAAUUAUCGAUUUUUGGCUGAAAAUUGUGAAUUUCAGUCAAAUUUCAGCUCAAAAACAAUCAGAAAAACCACGAAAUUUUCAGAUUGACAUUCCAAUUCGUCUUUUGGCUCAAAGUCUACGUGGAAUUUGGCCAAAAACCGGAAUUGAGUUGGCCGAAUUAUUGUCGAAAAUUUCGGCGAGUUUUGUGAUUAUAAAUCAUGUUUUGUACUUGUCCGCCUAUGAAAGACACAAUGAAUUUAUUAUUGAUAAUUUGGCGGUGAGUACUUUUUGACACCACACAAAAAUCUUGCUAAAUUUUUAAUUUCAGGUCUAUCAAGAGGAUUCUGAUGAGAACAUUUGCGCUCCAUUGGACAUGGAUCAUAAAACAAUGACGAAUGUGGCGUUGGAUUUGGUCUAA